AACUUGAAUAAUUUCAACAACCGUCGACCAACGACCAAAAUUAUCUGUGGACGAAAUUGACAUUUACCAUAUAAAUAAAAUAUUUAAUUUUAUUUAUGUUUAAACUCUUGUCUCGUACGAAAAUAAAUAAACAUGAAGUUUAAUAUAUAUAAUGGAAGCUAAAGUACAAAAGCAUAUCAUUGAUUACUUUUCUUUUUUCGAAGAAUUCUUCAAUAAGUCCAAAACGUGUUUGAAAAUUUGCCAAAACUGCGCAAUAUCUAUUAAUAAAUUGAUACAUCGUUGCAAAAAUAUAAAAGAGGCUAGCUUGUCAGGAACCCCUCUCGAAGAAUUUGACGGAUUGCAAAGAAAAUUGAUAUCGGUUUUACAUAACCUAAUAUCUGAAGAAGUUCGAGAAAUUCAAAAUCAACGAUCGGAACUUGAAGAAUCCUUUGAAAUACUCUGCAGUAAACACAGAUGUUUGUUAGAAAGUUGCAAAGAGAUUGACUUAUCUCACCAAACAUUGCUUACAAAAGGCACUCCUCUCCAACCCCCUUUGGAACAGUUACUAGAAUUUGCAGGAGAAACUAUUACAUUUGGUAGUCAAAUUUGUGCUCAAAUUGAGACCUCAUUAAGUGUUUUAUCAUUCAAAGCUCUUAACACAAUUUCCUUUGCCGAUAACUUUAAAAUACCACCUGACUGGCAGAAUAAAAUACCAGAAAUCAUAGCUUAUACAUCGUUUUGCUCAGAAAAUAUUAUUUAACAAUGGAUCUGCUUGGUUCCAUCUUGAAUUCUAUGCAAAAGCCCCCAUCUACGAGUGAGGCACAAAAAAAAGCAAUUAAGAAGCAUAAGGAAGCAUUGGAACAGAAGCAGAAAGAAGAAAAAAAUAUUCUUAAUAAAUUUUGUAGACGAGUAGAGGAGAAAAUAAGUAACUUUAUAAUGGAUGGUACAAAGCCAUAUUUACAAUUUGAUCCCAUGGAUCAAAUGUAUAGAUCAGUUAUUAGAGAUGUUGCCACAACAGCUGGAGGCCAAGUGUACUCCUUUGGACAAGAGGGCAUUGACAGAUAUUGUGUUGUUUACUUAAAAGAGAAAGGGCCAUCGGAGGAUGAACUCACGGUUCGCAGGGCAGGGGGUAUAUGGGAUGAUGACAAAGCAGCAGAAAUGGCACAAAGACGCUUGGAUAUGGAAAAACAAGCAGCUUUAGAUAAUGAAGAAGAGAAGAGCAGAAAACGAAAGCAUGGUAAAGAGGAGUUAAGUGGUACUUUCUAUAAGCAGAAAUAUGCACAUUUAAUAGGCCAGGAAGCAGCUAUAGAUGCAGCCCAGAAAACGAAUAUGAAUAAAAGUUAUGGAGAAGUACCAAGUGAGAAUAAAAAAGAUUUACGUUCUAUUGAGCAAACUAUGGCAGAUAUUAAAGCAAAGAAAGUUAAAAAAGCAGAAAUUGAGAAACAGAUGGACAGAGAAGGUAGCGUUUGAUUUUAAUUUAAUUCUAGUGGAAUAGCUUUACUUAGCAAUAAACUUAGACUCUUCCAAUUAUGUUAAGUUUAAGGUUCAAACACCUUUUAUUGUACUAAAAUCCAAAUUUUUUAGUCUUACAAAUUCAAUUUACAAUGCUAAUAUUUUGUUAUCACCUAUGAAUUACGAAGUCAAGAUAGAAUUCAUGCAAUUACAUGAUGUUGAUAGUGAAAUGUGUGGUGCUGUAUUGUUUACAGAAAUACAAUUGUGUAACAUUUUUCUGCUACUCAUGCAGACUCGUGGUAGUAAACUAAGCAAUAAUAAUGAUCCAUUUAAACAAUAAGACUGUAUCAAAGUUCUAUAGUAUAGGUUAAAUUUUAAAUGCUUAGAAAUAUAUACUAAAUAUCAAUUAAUUUGCUGCCUUUGAUUAUAAUUAAGGAACAUAGAAUAAUUGGUCCAACAGUCAAGUAUAUAAUUCCUUUUGUGACAUCGAAUCGUGAUAAUUGAAUAGAAGAUGUAAGUAUAGUCAAUUGUGAUGGCAGAGGUGUUAAGAUAAAUCAAAACAAGUUUGACCUUGAAUCAAAAUUACAUCUUAAUAAUCUGUGGUAAAUCAAGGGGGAUUUGUGAAAAAACGUUUAGAAUAUUGAUGUAGAUGAAUAGUGUUUUUUUAUAUAGAGAUGAAUCAAGAACAGUUUGGAUUGCUUAAAGGAGGAAGAUCUGCCAUUGAAAUAGACUAUACAUAUUAUGGUUUAAAAGUGUUGUGGUUGUUUCCGAAACCCUUGACGCAAUGGCGUCCAGUUUUAGUGCAAAAAUAUAAUAUAAUAUUAAUAGCACUUUACAUUUAGAGUUAGAACACUAACAUUCUAAGAAAUUAGAAUUAAAUCCUUUUGAUGAAAUAGCAUGUUGUUUGUUGUUUGUAUGAAGUUGAAUUGAAUGCUAAAGGCUUAAUAGAAUAAUAGAUAAAAAUAAUUAUUUUUCUACAAUGAACCAUAGACAUACAUACAUAGACAGAACCAUUGAAGCAAUAAUACUUAACUUUUUAGGGAAUAUUAUGUAAGAAAAGGAGCAAGACCAUGUGAUCUUUUAAUUUUAUAGUAAUUUUCCAUGAGAUGUUUUUUAAAUAUAAAAAUACAGACUAUCAAAUUAAAAAAUUGUCAUGUGAGCUAUGAUUACAGGUUUAAUAAAACUUAAAAUUAUUGUUUUUUUUUUUAAUUGUGCCAAUGGACACCGAUUAUAAUGCCAAUGUGAUAUAGGUGAAGUUAAAUGUUUUUUUAAACAUUUUAGUUUAGGUUUUUUUUCUGUAACAUUGUAGUACAGAUUAUUUUCGAUUGUAACAACAAAAACUAUUUUGUGUACCUGAUGUUAAGUUCAAAUGUAAGUAAUUUAACUUCGGGAUGUAAAAAAUAUUAAAAUAAAUAAUAUCCUAAUAUGACAA